UGAGCAGUGACGUAACGCCUUCCCAGAAUUCUUAGCCGUGCACAUGCGCACAUCAGACAACACGCUGGUCCUUUUCUCGCUUCGUGUGGACGGAUUAGCACCGUGCGAUCAAUCAACAUGCAGCUGUUUGUGCGUGCACAGAACCUGCACACCCUUGAGGUGACAGGGCAUGAGACUGUACAGGAUAUCAAGGCCCAUGUCCAGACUCUAGAGGGUCUGUCUGUGGAGGACCAGGUACUUCUCCUGUCUGGCACCCCUCUUGAAGAUGCCGCUACCCUUGUGAGCUGUGGAAUUUCAGAGCACUGCACUCUGGAGGUUGUUGGCAGGCUUCUGGGAGGUAAGGUCCACGGUUCUCUGGCUCGUGCUGGUAAAGUACGAGGACAGACACCCAAGGUGGACAAACAGGAGAAGAAGAAAAAGAAGACAGGCCGUGCUAAGCGCCGCAUCCAGUACAACCGUCGCUUUGUGAAUGUGGUGCCCACCUUCGGAAAGAAGAAGGGUCCUAAUGCCAACUCUUAAAUAGUUUUCUGUAACAUGUGUUCAUAAUAAAGUUGGAGGUUAGACACA